CUCCCAGAUAGGUCACAAGGAGCUGAUCCUCUGUUGUUCAAGGACAAGCUGUCAGCCAGAAAGCAACCAGAAGGAUCUGCUACUCAGAGGCAGCUUAGAGGAAUCAGCCUUCCUUAGGAAGAUUUGCAGCCUGCUCUGACUCUGUUGUUGUGGAAUAUACCAUCCUGCCCCUGCAGUUUAGCCUUGUAGAGAUUUAUUAAGCUCUUUUUUUUAUCUGCUGGGGGAGGAAAAAAAAAAACUUUUUGAAGAGCAGAAGCAUUCAUUUGGAAGUGUUCUCCUUUGACAUAAUAUAGUUGAACAACGGAGCACGUGGACUACUAAGCACGAUCAGAUAAAGAACUUUUCUUGGAAAUAAUCAUCGUGAUUGAACACCUCAAGGGUCCUCAAUGCACCUGCACAGCCCUUCCCUGAUGGCUGAUGGUAGCUUCUCUCUGUCUGGACAUCUGCUCAGGAGUCCAGGAGGUAACCCAUCAAGGCUGCACAGUAUAGAGGCCAUCUUGGGGUUUGUGAAAGAGGAUAGCGUCCUGGGCUCAUUUCAGUCUGAGAUCAGUCCAAGAAAUGCUAAAGAGGUGGACAAGAGGAGCUCUCGGCACUGUCUGCACAAAAUGACCGAGGAGAUUCAUCCCCAACAGGAGCAUUUAGAAGACGGCCAGACUGAUGGCUAUGGAGAUCCAUAUUCAGGAAAGACCUCAAGCGAGUGCCUGAGCCCCGGCUUGUCUACCUCAAACAGUGACAAUAAACUCUCUGACGACGAACAACAGCCCAAGAAGAAACACAGAAGGAACCGGACAACAUUCACAACUUACCAACUGCAUGAGCUGGAGAGGGCAUUCGAGAAGUCCCACUACCCCGACGUAUACAGUAGAGAAGAGCUGGCUAUGAAAGUCAACUUGCCUGAGGUCAGGGUGCAGGUAUGGUUUCAGAACAGGAGAGCCAAAUGGAGGAGGCAAGAGAAACUAGAGGUGACCUCCAUGAAACUUCAAGAUUCCCCGAUGCUUUCGUUUAACAGGUCACCUCAACCUUCUGCCAUGAGUGCCCUCAGCAGUAGUCUUCCUCUGGACUCCUGGCUCACCCCAACUUUAUCCAAUAGCACAGCCUUGCAGAGCUUACCAGGGUUUGUCACCACACCACCAAGCCUUCCAGGUAGUUACACACCACCACCAUUUAUAAACCCUGUUUCAGUAGGUCAUGCUCUCCAACCUUUAGGAGCCAUGGGACCACCUCCUCCUUACCAGUGUGGGGCCAACUUUGUAGACAAGUAUCCACUGGAAGAAACAGACCCCAGAAAUAACAGCAUUGCCUCUCUGAGGAUGAAAGCAAAGGAACACAUCCAGUUUAUUGGCAAGCCUUGGUAAAACAUAUGAAUACGGCUCAGGGCAGCCACCAUGCUCUGGGAGAACAUUCUUACGAAUCAGUGAACUUCAUACGGGAGAGACUUUUUUCCACACAUUAUGGGACAAUUUCUUAGAAUUUUGUGGCUUUAAGACUGUGGAGUUUGCCAGUGUUGUUGGUUAUCUCAUGUGUACAAAUGUAAAUUAUAGGUAUAAGUAUUUACUAGGAAACAUACAGGAAUCGGACUAAAGACUCAAUAACAAUUUUCCAGUUGUUUUUUUUUUUAUAUAUUUAUUUACAGCUUGAAGCCAGGUCUCUCUCUCUCUAUAGAUGUUGUUGCAUUACAUCUGCCAGGCAGAACCCUUAUUUAGAGGUGCAAAUAGGGGAAAAAAUGACCAGGGAGCUGUGCAUGGUGGGAGGAAAGCACAGAGCAGCAGUUAUUGGUAGAAAAAGCAGCACAAGUUGGGCAUAGUAGGGUGACCAUAGGGCAGACCUCAUUUUUUAUAUACGUUAUGGGGCCCAGCUUUCCCAAAAACCCUGCCACUACUUAAGACAACCCUGCUGCCAUGACGAGUUGAAGUUCAACAACAAGCUGCAGGACCUGUUAUCCAGAAUGCUCAGGACCUUUAGUUUUCUGGAUAAUGGAUCUUUCCAUAAUUUGGAUCUUCAUACCUUAAGACUACUAUAAAAUCAUGUAAACAUUAAAUAAACCCAAUAGGCUGGUUUUGCUUCCAAUAAGGAUUAAUUAUAUCUUAGUUGGGAUCAAGUACAAGCUACUGUUUUAUUAUUACAGAGUUAAGGAAAUUAUUUUUUAAAAUUUGGAUUAUUCGAUUAUAAUGGAGGCUAUGGGAGACAGCCUUUCUGUAAUUUGGAGCUUUCUGGAUAACGGGUUUCCAGAUAACGGAUCCCAGACCUGUAUUGGAGUAUUUCAUUUAUAUUAACCACUGGGUAUUGCUAUUUUUCACCAAGAGAAGAUAAUGUAUUUCACUGUAACUUCUGAUUUAUUCUACCAAAUAAAUCUUACAAGGUUUCA